CUUCCUUUCUUCGCCGACCCACGAAGACGAACACGACACCGCUCCAUCGACAGCCCCCUCCAAACCGCGUGCCCCGGCGACCGAUCGCCCACCUGACCACCACCACCACCCCCGCGCCGGCGCCGAUGGACUACGAAUUCCGCAGCCGGUCGGGCUCCGGCCCCGGCUCCUACGGCGGAGCCGGCGGGGGCGGGGGCGGCUCGUCCCUCUACCCGCGCGUCGGCCAGCCCGCCCACGGCGCCGCCGGCCCACCGCCGCAGCGGCCCGCGCCGUACCUCCACGCCACGGCAUCCCCCUCGCCCCCCGCCGCCCCGGCCCCCGCUCCGUCCUCCUCCUCCACAUCGAUGGGCAUACAAGUUGUUAUAAAGCCAGAAUAUCGGAUAACCCCUCCUCCUCAGUUGGCACCACAGAUGGUAGAAGUUCCCCGCAGCACCUUUAACUUUGAUUUUGAGUAUGAAAGGAAGAUUCUUGCGGAGGCAGAGAAGGAAAACCCCAACUGGGGGAAGUUUGUAAUCGAAAGGCAGACACCACCACCACCACAGCAGCAGCAGCAACAACAACAACAGCCGCCAAGAGGGCCAAGACACUCAACUUCCACUACUUCUAUGGCUACACCAGGGGAUCCACUUGUGGAGAAGUAUAUGUCGAUGGGGCUUGGACGCGAAGCUGUUUCAUUCGCUGUGCUAAAUUAUGGAGAUAACCCAACAAAGGUGAAGGAGUUUGUGAAAGCCUACAACGCCCUCCAUGAGAUGGGCUUCACCUCACGGAACGUCCCCGAGCUGCUGGCGAUGCACGACAACGAUCCCGACAAAGUUAUCCAGCACCUGCUCAGCAUAACAUAACAUUGUCCACGCUUCUCCACAUAUGUACAGUGAGAGUGUGAGGCAGGUCCCGCUUGUAGCCAAUAUUAUACUACAUUUGUACUACCUGCAACUUGUAAUGGAGUCUGGAGUGGCUCAGUGUGUCUCUCAGCUGCGACGGCCACGACUGGCGUGUCCCUAUGUUUCAUCACAGUACGUUAUUUUCCAGAUAUGUGUGUGUGUUGCUGUCAA